UUUCUGCCUUUGUCCUUAUAACACCUCCCAGUUCACACACCCGUGAAACUGAGUUGUAGUAGUUGGGUGGCAGGGUAUGUGUCUCGUGGCUCGAGACCCUGCAUUCAACUUCACUACUGAAAAAACAUUAAACAGAAUCUUCUUCAUGAGGUUAUUGUAAGAGUGCUCCUGGAUCCCACUACAGUACUCCACAGUAGUGUCUGUAAAUGUAGUCACUGUUCACUCAAAGACUGAUGGACUGACAGGCUGAUUGAGACAGGGUCUCACUAUGUAGUCCAGGCAGGGCCAGAUCUGGAACAAUCUUCCUGCCUCAGCCACCCAAGUGCUAGGAAGCCACCAUACCUGGCUUAUACACUCAUUUAAAGACAUGUUAUUAGAAGAGGCAUUGUUUCAAACAAUAUCUUUUCAGGUCCACUGAUAAAGAUUGGGGGUGCACAGGACCCUGGCAAGCUGAGCUCUGGCCUUGUCCUUUUCUCCUUCAGAGCAGGCUCGUUGGUGUAAGCAGAAGCAAUGUGGGGUCACAGCUGCUGGACAGAUGCCUUUGAGCACAUGAGACUCCUUCAAGGAGCCUUCUGAGGCCGUUGGGACGAACUGUCUGCCCCUGGGGAGGUGUGAACAUGGAGGAGACAUGGGCACUGUGGGGGUGGGCCUGGAAGGAAGCAGGAUGGGGUAGGAGCCCGAGAGCCCCCUUCUGCCUUAGAUCGUUUCCGAGGAGUCUCUCCUGCGGUCCGAACCAAGUUGCGCUGAUGGUUGACAUCGUCAUGGCUUAAAUUAGUUUGUUGAGGCUGCCAGUGUGGGUGCGCACCUGGAUUCCCAGCUCUUGGGAGGUUGAAGCAGGAAGAUUGCCAUGAGCUCAAGACCAUCCUGGCUACAGAGUGAGAUCAGGGCCAGUACUGGACAGCACUGAGAGAGCCUUUCUCAUAAAGCAAAGUAAGAAAAAGAUGGAUGGAUAGAUGAGUGGACAGAUAGCUUAAAUUUAUCUGCUGAAAAGUUGGAGGCAGGCCUUGUGAAUUUCUGCCCCAAAAUGCACUUGACCUGUGGUGACUGCUGGAUUCUGAGGGGAUCUGGAGAAGGACGUGAAGAUUAAGAGAAGCUGCGUAUUUGUUCCUUGUGUGGUUUUGGUUCUCUUAAAAGUUCAACAUAAACCUCCAACUAUGGAACCAGGAUCUGGGUUUCUCAUGCCCCAGGCUCCACUACAGUAGGGCAUGGACUUGCUGACCAUACUGGAGGAGCCACGGGGUCACCUGAGAUUCAGGCCCUCGUGACAAUGCAGGAAUUGGAUCCAGGGCCCAGUGGGUGUGUGGCUUCCCAGGCCUGUGCUCUAUGACGGGACGGGAAGCCCUGUGGGUCAUCUGACGGCUCUGCCCAAACCAGGACUGGGAGUGAAGCCAGGAAAAAGUGAAGGCCACGCUCUGCUGGGAGCAGGACUUGAUGGCCCCAUGCAGGGCCCAGGGCAGCCGGCGGGCAGAGGACUUGAAGUGGGGAGGAAGACAAAGCCAGAGCCCCAGGCCCAGGCCAGCAAGAGUGGUUGGGAGACAGUUGCGACAUCGAUGGUGGCAUUCAGUCCUCACGGGUGCUUCCAGUGCCCCUGCUCCCAUCUGGUGCUGCUGCGUUUACUCCCAGUUUUCCCCUGGCAGGUAAGAAGCCAAGGGGACAGGGCCUGCCCACGGCCAAGAAAGGGCUGAGGCAGGCAGAUGUCAGCCAGCCCAGCUCCCUGAACCGGCGCCCUCCCGGAAUCUGGGUCAGCUGCCCCUGGAAUUGCCUCAGCCGGAUCAGCAGAUGCCAGUCACAGUGGUCAGAAUUAGACUGAUUUAUUUUGCUGCUAUAAUCCAUUCCUAAGUUUUACUUUUUGUAAGAUCAGUGCAUUAUUGAUUGAAAAGAAGGAGAUCAGGAGUCAAGAGGUGGAAGCAACUGAAGUGUCCACGGAUGAGGGAUAAAGUGAUGCAGUGUAUUCACUCAUACGGUGGAAUAUUAUCCAGCCUUUGAAAAGGACAUCGCCUUUGUGCUGCAGCAUGGAUAAGCUUUGUGGACUUUGUAGAAGUGAAGUAAACCUGUACCGAAAGAGUGUGCAACAUGUGAUCCCUGCCAUGAGGUGCGGACAGGACUCAGAUUCAUAGAGACAGUGAGAGCUGGCAGAGCUGGGUCUGAAGAUUCCACACCUAGCAGAUAUGUUUGACGACUUCUCGGAAGGCAGGGAGUGUGUCAACUGCGGGGCCAUGUCCACCCCGCUGUGGCGGCGGGAUGGGACGGGUCACUACCUGUGCAACGCCUGUGGCCUCUACCACAAGAUGAAUGGCAUCAACCGGCCUCUCAUCAAGCCCCAGCGCCGGCUGUCUGCCUCCCGCCGAGUGGGCCUGUCCUGUGCCAACUGCCAGACGACCACCACCACGCUGUGGCGCCGCAACGCUGAGGGGGAGCCCGUGUGCAAUGCCUGUGGCCUCUACAUGAAGCUCCACGGGGUCCCCAGGCCCCUUGCAAUGCGGAAAGAGGGGAUUCAGACCAGAAAACGGAAGCCCAAGAACCUGAAUAAAUCGAAGACACCGGCAGGUCCUUCAGGCAGCGAGAGCCUUCCUCCCACCAGCAGUGCAUCCAGCAACUCCAGCAACGUCACCAGCAGUAGCAGCAGCGAGGAACUGCGCCCCAUCAAGACAGAGCCCGGCCUGCCCUCUCACUAUGGGCAUGGCAGCUCCAUGCCCCAGACGUUUGCAGUCAGUGCCGUAUCUGGCCAUGGGCCCUCCGUCCACCCAGUCCUGUCGGCCCUGAAGCUGUCCCCACAAGGCUACACAUCUCCUGUCAGCCAGUCACCACAGGCCAGCACCAAGCAGGACUCUUGGAACAGCCUGGUCUUGGCUGACAGUCACGGGGACAUAAUCACUGCGUAAUCCCCCCUUGCCUCAAGACCCUGCACGGACCGGGACCUGGAGUCCCCUGAAGGUCCUCCCUCCGUCGGGAGUGACUCUGGAACAGCUGGGAAGAACGUGAAGUCUGUGAUGGCUUGGGGAAGUGGAGGCUGGAUUUCUUAGAUGCCUUCCCAGGACAGGCACAGAGCACGGUGGCAGCAGAGACAACUGCCCCACUUCCACCCUGAGCAGCUUCCCUCCACGGCGCCCCUGUAGUGAUGUCCCCACUCGAGCACUGGGGCCUGAGGGCAGCUGGAGGGGCAGUGCCCUGAGACCCCCAGCAGCCAGCACUGGGCCUCUGCCUGCUGCGUGCGAGCUGUGAUAGCAGUGCCCCCGACCCCCACCCUCACCCAACACUCCUGAGGUGGCAGGCAGCACUGCACCCUCCAGCACCAGAUCCAACUCCAGAGAGACCCCAGGCGGGUUGGGGCAGGGCGGGGUGGUGGGGGGAGGACUUAAGUUCCUGAGCACUUCCUGGGCCAUCAGCUGCCACCACCUGGCUGGCACCCUCAGGUCGCUAUUGGCAGGGCCCCCUAUCCCUGCCCGGUAGGGGGUUCCCCUCCCUCCUCACCCCAGCACCUGGAACGUGAGAAUCCCCGUGCAAACCUGAGCUCAGUGAGAGCUGCCCAGACAGCGCCCUCCGGCCUGUCCUCAGCCCUGCCAAGGGAGAGCAAGAGAUUCUCCUGCUAAAGCCACCUGGGCAGCGCUCGCCUGUGCCUUGUCCUCCAUCCGGAGGGGUGCACUGCCCACCAGCCUCGGAGCCCACCUGGCUGUGGGCCUGCAUCUCCUGGGGCCUGGGCUUGCCUGGUGGAAUUUGCAAGAGAAAUUCAGAAAGCACUCAAACAACAAAGCGAACCUCAUUGCUAAAGGAGCGCGCAGCUUGCAUCUGCCUUGGAAGCAGCCUCCAUGUCCCCUCGCUGGGCACAGGAAGAUUUCCUCCUUGUCCCUGUUACCCGCAGAGCUGUAGUGGACUGUGGCAUGACUCGCCCUUCCCCCAAUGCCCAGCCCCACCCCAGAGCCUUACUGGCCGUAGCAGAGAAUAUCUUUGAAGCAAGAUUCUGUUUUAAUCAUCAUUUACACUGUUUUCCCCCUGAAGGCCUCCCUCCCUACCUCCUCUGCCCCAACCUGUUAACAUUGUCUUAAGGUGAAAUGGCUGUAAAAUCAGUAUUUAACUAAUAAAUUUAUCUGUAUCCCUCUG